CAGAUUCGGCAGCAUCUGAAAAACAGAGCGGUGGCGGCGCCGUUUUAUAAUCGACUCGUUUCCACCUCUGAUGCCGAGUUGCUUCAUGUAGGGGAGUUGAGUGUUUAGUAGCAUUUCCAGUGCAUCUUUUAGGGUAGUUUAAGAAUAUAAGUUAACUUUAAAAGCAUAAUAAGCAAUUUCCAGAAAAUUUAACAACAUGCUGGCCCAAAAAGUUGAGGAGGCACUGAACGACAUAAACAAACUUCAUAUAACUGUUUUGGAACAUGCGGCCGAAAUUUCGCCUUUUGUUAAUGGAAGGUCCCUGGGAAUGGACGUUGAAAACAAAGAGAACUCAGCGAAGAAGCAAAGUGCGAGAAAUGGAAAUGUGAGCGUUACUUCAAAUACUAGGAAAACUCCAACCAAACAGUCGCCACCAUCCAAAAGCACACACAGUAAAGUUGCUACGUUGGAAUUUAAUAGUCUACAGAAUUUGGACAUCAAUGCUGUUAAUUCCAGUAUCUUGCUUCGCGAAGCAGAGGAGUCUAGAAAACGAUCCAUACGACAGCAGGUUUUAGAUAUGCAUGAAAAACACUUGACUAUAAUGCAGGAAUGCCUUCGACCCAUUGAAGAACAAUGCAAAGAAGAAAAACGCAAAUGGUUAGAGAAAAAGCGCCAGAGUGAUACUCAGAUUAUGCUUAAAGCAGAACAGCAAUCGGAAUUGGAUAUCAAAGAACAUCAACGACAACUGGAGGCCUUGCGUCUUCAAACUCAGCGGCAGUUGCAAGUAAUAUCUUUCCAAGGAAUAGCACAGUAUCAAUCAAAAUUCCGAACAAAAUAUGAAGCUAUAGUAAAUUUGCUAAUGUCCAUCGACAAAGCGGCGAUGAUGUCCUGUAACGAUUACAACAACAAACUCAAGGAACUGAUACAAAUGUUUGAGCAAUUGAUUAAUAAAAUUAAAGGUGGCACAUGCGGUGGUGAGGAAUUAAAAACCGCCGAUAAUCUCUGCAAAUCAUUGGCCGCAUUAGAGAUUGGUAUUGUGGAAGCCCUUAAGCAGGAGAAAGAAAAGCAAGAAAGUAUAGCAAAGGAACAGCAAAAGGCGCAGAGCGUUCAGGCUGCAAGCGAGAUCGCACAAGAAUCGCAAAUACCACAACAACCACCACUACAACAAGAACAACAGCCACCUCAACCAAAACCACAAAACGAAACGUCCCAUGCUGAGCCUACUCCUGUUCCCCAGCAGCCACCUAUGAAAGAAAAUGUUCCAGAAAAUAGACCCACAGACAUAACGGAUAAACCACCCAAUGUCACUUCUCAGCAUGUUAGCCCAGAGCGCCUAGAAUUUUACACAAAAAUUAAUACGUUCUACCUGGAAAAGGUGGAACGUGUCAAAGCCCUACAAUCCGAUGAAUCUAUGAAGAAGUAUCGCUUCGAUUGCCAAAAAUCCAUUAACAUACCCGUCAAUGCAAUAUCGGCAGUUAGUCCUCAACACAUACAGGACAAAUUUGAUAAACUGUAUUCCUUUGUAACGUCCCAGCCUCCAUUGGGUCGAGAUUACUGUAUACUACUGAUGGCAAAAAAGUUUGUGGGGCAAGGCGAGACAACAAUUUCCAGUAAUCCUCAGGCAGCAUUUCCAGUUGCUUCCGUCAUUGUUUCGCUCUGGAAGUGUAUACCCGAGUUUGGUCAACUUUUCUUGGCAUACUGUUUUAAAGAGUGUCCAUUUCUUGUGCCCUACUUUAUACCACAGAAAAAGGAUCAAUCUCCAGAAGAGUAUUCCAAAGUUUUGGGUUUUCGAACUGUUGAUGGCCAACCAGAAAAACAGGAAAUGUAUUUAAAACGCCAGGCUGGCAUAGCACGUCUAUAUGCCGCUGUUAUGGUAACAAACGGACGCCAGCAAGAUUGUAGUCCCCAUCCUUAUGGUUUGGAGAAUGCUUGGCGUUGGCUGGCUAAUAUGAUGAAUAUUGCCCCCUUGCCAUUUCUUUCGGCGACCUUAAUAAUGGAAAUUCUUCAAAUUGUUGGUAGUGAUAUGUGGUCCAGUUAUGGCAAACAAUUUGUUAAGUUACUGGUGUAUAUACAACAACAUUAUUUUGCAAAGCUUUCGGAAGGUGACAUGGGUGGUCCCAAGGCAAGACUGGAAUUAUUGUUAAAUACAUUUUUGAGAGAUGGCCAAAUACAAAAACCGGCUGGAAUGUUACCUGUAGGCUUUUGGUAAAGCCAUAAGAGAUCAGUUACAUUAGCUAGUCUAUUCUAUUGACGACGAAAUUAUGCUAUUUUAUAAAAGUUGUUUAAUUAUUAAAAUUUUGUAGGGUUUUUCUGAUUA